UUUCAGGUAUCAUCGUUAAGGUGGAUAAAGGUAAAGUUCCGACUUGACCCAAACUCAAGUUCCGAGUUCCCUCCGCUAUCUGCGAUCCUAGUCCUACACUCUCCGCUCCCGCUCGAACCUUGGCGCCGUCAUCGACGCGAGGACUUCUAGAAGGAAGAAAUUUGAAGAAAGAUGGGAGAGAGGAAGGUGUUGAACAAGUAUUACCCACCGGACUUUGAUCCCUCCAAGCUUCCCAGAGCAAGAAGGCCAAAGAACCAGCAGAUCAAGGUCCGCAUGAUGCUUCCGAUGAGCAUUCGAUGCAACACUUGCGGCAAUUACAUCUACAAAGGAACCAAGUUCAAUUCCAGAAAGGAAGAUGUUAUUGGCGAGACAUAUCUGGGAAUUCAAAUAUUCAGGUUCUACUUUAAAUGCACCAAGUGCUCAGCCGAGGUUACCAUGAAGACUGAUCCGCAGAAUUCGGAUUAUAUUGUUGAAUCUGGUGCGACCAGAAAUUUUGAACCUUGGCGUGCAGAAGAUGAAGAAACUGAUAAAAUGAAGGAGAAGAGGGAAGCUGAAGAGAUGGGAGAUGCUAUGAAAUCGUUGGAAAAUAGAACCCUGGAUUCUAAGAGGGAGAUGGACAUCCUUGCUGCAUUGGAUGAGAUGAAGUCAAUGAAGUCUAGGCAUGCAACUGUCAGUGUUGAUGAAAUGCUGGAGGCUCUGCAGCGCACAGCAGCUGACAAGGAGAAAAGGCUGGAAGAAGAAGACGAAGCUCUGAUAAAAUCAGUUGUCUUUCAUAAUUCAGACGGUUUUGUCAGAAGAAUUCGUGAUGAAGAUAUUGAAACAGAGGAGGAAUUGGUUCAGUUUUCAAAUGGACAUGGCGAAACAUCCAGUUCUAAUCCUAAGAGGCAAAAGAUUUCAGAAGAUUUUCCAAGCAAACCAACUGACACUUUGACAAAAGCCAGUUUGGAUGAUUAUGGCAAACAAGAAAAUUCACGCAGUGGUGGAAAGCUUAAUUCUUUAGUGAGGAUUUCUGUCAUUAAGAAACCAGUGACCUCAGAUGUUAAAAGUCCUGCAGAACCAGAACAAAAGAAAGAAGAGGAAGAUAGUAAAACAAAUACUACUAGUGGACUACUAUCUUUGUGUCAAAACUAUGGAAGUGAUGAUGAGGACUAGUAGCCAUAAAUAUUGAAUGACUUUUUGUUUAACUGUUGCUCUCAUUGGAUUGUAAUUGUAAGUUGUACUUACAAUGGAAUGGGGUGUCAUAUACAUAUUUCUUUUAUGACUAGAAUAGAAAUCACAGUUUUCAAGCUCUUACAGUAAUUUGCAGAAAUGCUUGUUAUGUUGUUAAGUUGUUUAAGGAAAAUGGAAGAAAAGAAGCAUAAAUUAGACUAAUUUAUUUUAUUUGUAUAUAGAGCAUA